GAUAGACGGCAGAUGCGCAUACUUCAAUCAGUACAUACUCCACGCUCUACACACAGUCAGCGCGCACUGCGCUCUCACAAAACAUAAUAUUAUAACAGCAAACAUACAGAUACAGUAAAGCCAGUAAACGUUUGCACAAUGGCUUCCGCUAAAGACACGGCUACAUUUUUUGUAAAUGGUACACCACAACAAUUCGAACAAGUGUUAAAAUUAUAUCCACAAGCGUUAAAGUUAAAAGCUGAAAGAAAAACGAAGAAACCUGAAGAAUUAAUUAAAUUAGAUAACUGGUAUCAAAAUGAACUGCCAAAGAAAAUUAAAAGUCGAGGAAAGGAUGCCCACUUGAUUCAUGAAGAAUUAUGUCAAACUAUGAAAUGGAAACAAACGCGAGGGAAAUUUUAUCCGCAACUCUCAUAUUUGGUAAAAGUAAAUACACCACGUGCUGUAAUGCAGGAAACAAAGCGAGCUUUUAAAAAAUUACCAAAUUUAGAACAAGCAAUAACAGCAUUAUCAAACUUAAAAGGUGUUGGUACAACAAUGGCAUCUGCGCUAUUAGCAGCCGCAUCACCAGAAAGCGCGCCAUUUAUGGCUGAUGAAUGUUUAAUGGCAAUACCAGAAAUUGAGGGUAUUGAUUACACAACAAAAGAAUAUUUAAAAUUUGUGAGUCAUAUACAAUCAACCGUAGACCGAUUAAAUGAUAGCUUAAACACAAAAGAAUGGUCACCGCAUACAGUAGAAUUGGCAUUAUGGACCCAUUACAUAGUAUCCGAAUAUAAACCAGAAUUAUUACAAUCAAUAUCCGAAAAUGGUAGUAACAAUACAUUACAUCAGAAUGGUGAUUCAGUGGGUGCUGAAACAUCUGACGAAAGUAAUCAAGGUCCACCAUUAAAUGGAAAAAUGCCGACAUUAGAUCAAUUGGACGACGCAACAUCGUUUACAGAAGAUUCAUUAGAUAAACCAUCACCGUCAAUAAUUGCUAAUGAAGAAACAAAUGAUUCCGUUGUAUCAGAAUCAACGAAUGAUUCCACAUCUGUACCACAUAACAAUAUUAAUAGUAUUAAUAAUAAAAGGCCUGCUGCUGACAUGCUGGAUGAAUCCUCGCUAAAUACAAAUGAAGAAUCAAAUAAUAGUACACAAGAAGUGGAUGAUGAACCAGUGAACAAAAAAAAUAAAAUAGAAGAUAUUGGUGACAAGUGACCUCAUUAAAUAUACACAUGUAUGUUACCCCCCUUUGUCCUUCUACCCCCACCCCAUCCUCCACCCACAUUAUUCAGUUUCUUAUCUAUUUAUCAUCCGAUUAUCAUUUUAUUAUUAAUUAAUUAUUAUUAUUAAUAUUAUUAUUAUUAUUAUUUAGUAGUCGUCAGAUGAUGGAUAGAUGAUGUGACACGUUAAUUAUUAAUUAUUAUUAAUUACUAAUAUAAAGAAAAACAGAAAAAAAAAACAAAUCCAUUAACAUUUAAGAAAAAAACAAAACAAAAUUUAAAUAAUAAUUCACUUAUUCGAUAUUUAAGUAAUUGUUUUUGUUUAUUUAUGGAAGGUCGCUGAUAUUAUCAUUCAGAGUUUAAAUAAUCGACGAUCCUCUACCAUGAUACAAAAAUCAAUUUCAUGUUUCGAUUUUUCUUGUUUUUUUUUACACACAAAUUUAAACAUCUGAAAAAUUUUGUGGUAACGGAGAUUUAUAAAAUGAACUGAAAAAUACGUAGAAACGUGGCCAUUAGUGUUUAAAUAUUUGGAUUUUGGGUAAUCGUUAUUCAUACCUGGAUAAUGUUUAACAUCCGAGUCAUCAAUUAGUUAAAUAGUCGAGACUAACGACUUCACGGAGGUCGGUUUUUUGGAAAUCGGAUCGGCUAUUCAAUUGGAAAUCAAAAGUCAGUAAUCAAUGGUACAUAGCGCUAUUCAUAAACUGAAACGUUAUGACUGACACCAUUUUUGAAGAGAUAUACUUUUAAUAGUGUCUCUUUGGAAGUUUUUUUUCGAUAUAAAUUUGCACAGUGUGCAAGCGUUUUCAGGCAAAGAUUUCUGAUGAUUAUUUUACAAUAUAUUUUUAUGAUAACUUAUGACGAUCUCUACUUAAAAAAGAGUGAUUUUUAGAAAUGAUUUGUGGAUAAUUAGUGAUGUAAAAACGUGUGUAAAAAAUUUUUUUUCUCGAAUUUAAACCUAGUUAAAAUUUUAUAUGAAAUUGGUUUUCUUCUUAAAAAAUUCCCUCUAAUAUUAAAAAAAAUAAAACAAUUGUGUACAGAAAUAUCGAACAAAGCUACCUUUCAUGAAUAAAUUGUUUUUUGUAAUUGUAUUAUUUGCUACACUUUUUGGGCACUAGCGAAUUUUUGACAUAAAAAUA